AUGGAUGCUACAACAUUAUUAAAUCAAUAUCUACCUACAUGGACACCUAAAUCAUUACCUACUUCAACAAGUAUAAGUACAAUUGAUCCAACUGCAACAUUAGGAUUAGCAGUAACAUUACUUGAAAUUAGAAAUGAAAUAUUAACUCAAACAAAUACAAUAUCAUUAUAUUUCUUAUCUAAAAAAGCAAGAGGUUUAGCUGCUUCAAUCACUUUAAUAAAUGAUCAAGAAUAUCUUGCUACUGCUACAAAUACUGAAAAUUUCCCUCAAAUAACUCAAGAAAUGUUUAAUGCUACUUUAAAUUUGAAAAAUCUUGAAUGGUCUUAUAAUCUAUAUGCUAUUAAUUUAUCAGUACCUUUUAAUUCAUUAUUUACUAUAUUAUUUGGAACUUUUGCCAUUAUUUAUAUUAUAUUUGGAUUUAUUAAAAAAAAUCAUUAUUUUUCAAUUUGUUUAAGUUUUGGUACUCUAUUAGAAAUGAUUGGUUAUUUAUCAAGAACAUUAGCUCAUUAUUCAUGGUCAAAUCAAAAUUUAUAUUUAUGUCAAAUUAUAACUUUAACAAUUGCUCCUGCUUUUAUAAUGGCGGGAAUUUAUUAUUUAUUAGCACAAUUGAUUAUUAUUUAUGGUGAAAAUUAUUCAAUUUUAAAACCUCGUUGGUUUUGUUAUAUUUUCAUAAUUUGUGAUGUUUUAAGUUUAUUAAUUCAAGCAAUUGGUGGAGCAAUAGCUGCUAUAUUUUUAAAAAUGUUUAAAAAUUCAAAAAUUGGUACUUAUAUAAUGGUUGGUGGUAUUGCAUUUCAAGUAUUAUCAAUGAGUUUAUUUUUAAUUUUAUUGAUUGAUUUUACAAUUCGUUCAUUUAAAAAUUCAACAAGUUUGAAAAAAAUUUCAAUUAAUAAUUAUUUUAAUUUAUUAUUAAAUACUAAAAAAGGGGUUUUUUUAAGAAAUGAAUUUUUGGAACCUUUUUAUAAUUCAAAUUAUUCUCAUAUUAGAUCAAGGAAAUUUUUCAAUUAUAUGCCAUUAAUAAUUAUAAUUUCAGUUUUAUUCAUUUAUAUUCGGUGUAUUUAUAGAGUUGUUGAAUUAUCUGAAGGUUGGAGAGGUUAUUUAAUAACUCAUGAAGAAUUUAUAUUCAUAAUGGAUGCUUUAAUGGUUUUAUUAACUUGUUUAAUUUAUUUGUUUUUUCAUCCUGGUAUAAUGUUUGGUAAAGAUCCAAUAUCAACAAAAUCAACAUCAAAAUUAUUGGAAAAUAAAAUUGAUUAUUUUGAAAAAGGUGAUAAUUCAUCUAUUUCUUCAUUUGAUCCAAAAGAUUGGGAUAUUAAAACGUUACCAUUAAAAUCUAAAUCAAAUGAUUUAUUAUUAAUCGAUCAUCGAGAUCAUCAUCAUCAUCAUCAUCAUCAUCAUCAUCAUCAUCAAGGACGUAUUUCUCCGAAUUCACGUGAUUGUGAUAGUAAAAAUUCGAGUUUAAAUAUACCAAUUUCACAAAAAUAUAAUAAUCCUUAUUUGCAACCAACAAGAUUUAGUCAAUUUGAUAAUAACUCGAAUAGUAUUGAUAAUCAUAGAAUUAAUAAUUCAGUUAGUACUUCAGAAACAUAUACUAACAACAACAACAAUGAUAAUAUUAUUAAACAAGUUGAUUCAUCAAAUAGUUCAGAAUUUGAAUUCAAUCCAAUUAAGAGAUAG